UGUCAUUCGUUCGCUCGCUCCUCGCAAAUACACAACGGUGUUUUGAUCCUAGAGCGGCAUAAUUCCUCAGGAAUAAAACAAAUCGUGCAUAGUGCAAGUUAAAAAUGUAUUCCCUUAGCUCACAGAAAAAGUAUUGGACUUUCAAAACGGAGCAGGAGCUGUCCGAACUGCGCGUGAAACAAAAUAUUCGUUUUAUCACGAAGCAUGGUGCCAGCAUGACGGAAGAACAAAAACAGGCACACUUUCUUUCCGCUGAUGAAGAGCGAUUAUUGCUAAAGCAGUAUGAGUUACAGCUGAAAGAGUUCUGCAAACGUUUCGAACCUCCGAUGCCAAAAUAUGUCGUAGGAACUGCUUUUCAUUACUUUAAGCGGUUUUAUCUUAAUAACUCAUCGAUGGACUACCAUCCCAAAGAAAUUUUGGCAACAUGCGUUUACCUGGCUUGUAAAGUGGAAGAGUUUAACGUGUCCAUUGCACAGUUUGUGGCCAACAUUAAGGGCGAUCGAAGCAAGGCUAUGGACAUUAUUCUUUCAAACGAGCUAUUGCUAAUGCAGGAGUUAAACUAUUACCUAACCAUACACAAUCCGAUGAGGCCAAUAGAGGGAUUUCUCAUCGACAUAAAGACGCGAUGCAAUAUGAGCAAUCCCGAUCGUUUGCGACCGGGUAUCGAAGAUUUCAUCGAUAAAACGUUCCUUACCGAUGCGCCAUUGAUGUACGCACCGUCACAGAUAGCACUCGCCGCCGUCCUGCAUGCCGCUAGUAAAGAGCAAGAAAAUUUAGAUAGCUACGUUACGGAAUCGCUAUUUGGGUCGGCCAAAGAUAAGCUGCCCGUACUCAUCGAAGCCGUACGAAGAGUUCGCUCUAUGGUACGUACUAUCGAACUACCGCCAAAGGAUCGUGUACGGUUCCUGGAGAAAAAGCUGGAAAAAUGUCGCAAUCAAGAGAAUAAUCCCGACAGCCAAAUCUACAAACAGCGCAUGAAGAAAAUGUAUGAAGAUGAGGAUGAUUUAGAUGUGAUGGGCUCUUCGUAUCAUAUGAACGUAUCGGAUGCGAGCCUAGAUGUGUCGCAGUUAAACACCACAAACCCGGCAAACAUGACUGUUGAUUAGAAGUGAUUACAGUGAUCGGACUACGAGCAAAAAAUGUAAGCAAAAUUUGAGCUUUAUAAUAGGGCUGCAUUUUAUUAAUGUUUCAAAUGUGUAUGAUUCUUUCCUCUUGAAUAUAUUGUAACUAAAAUUGGUUGGAUUAAUCUGAAAUUUAAUCCCCUAUCCUUAUUAGGAAUCCUUAUUUGAAGGGAUGUUUGGUUAAGAAAUAUAUGUUUUUGAAUUUCGUAUUUUUCGGAUUAAUUUGGGCAGAACAAUCAGACACAUAUUUAUGCGUAUUAAAAUAACAAAUAACUUUUUAUUACAAUCAUUUAUGUCAUGGUAUUCUGUUGUGGUAAAUGUUCUGCCUCGUUGUUUCCGUUCAGUUCAUGGCGUCGUACCAUCUCCAUUAGGCCAGGGCGUCAGCUCUGCUAGAAGUAGAAUUAAUGCCGUUUACGAAAUCAUAACCAUGGAACAUAAAAAUUUAAAUUCCCACCACCAAUAUGGCUUUCACAUUCAGCAUGGAGGAAAUAGUACAGUAUUACCAUCCAUAAUCUUGACUGGGGGGUUUUGCUGAAGAUUAUUUAGCUGUUGUAAUCAAGAAGUGUAAUUUAACAACAAAAAAAACAAGCUCAUUUCAGUCCUUGUGGGAAGAAAUGCCCUUUAGCGCAAGAAUUAUGGCGUACUUGUGGUAACAAUAGAAGAAAAACUUUAAAGCGUAGAACAAUGAAGAAGAAAAAUAUCGCGCGCGCUUGAGCUUAGUUAAAGAAAUAGUCGAAACAGGUGCAAAGCUCAAUAGAGUAUGACUAUUGGAAAAUGGUUGUGGAAAAUUAUUAUCUUUUCUGUCUUUUUGCUUUCAAUUAGCACAGCACAUUUACACUUACGCUAUGGUAUAGCUGUUUCUUCGUCAUUUACGAUAGUUUGUCUUUUUUAAUUGCUGAAAUAUUGAUGCUUUCAGUCGUUUGAAAAUAUUGUUGCUUCCGUGAGACAUUAAAACACAUAAACGGGAAAAGAUAAGUGUUGUGUUAUUGUGUGUAAUGGAAAACAUAAACCGUGGGUCUGUUGCGAAGUUGUGUCUUGUUUUCUUAAGAACAUCUUUUAUCCAUUAAAGUGAUACAGUAUUGCUGACAAAAGGGGGAAAAUAAAUUAAUAGUUUAAA